AUGCUGAUGAGCAGGUCCGGACUGCUCGUCCUCGGCUUGUGGAUGUGUGUGUGCGCGUGUACGGAGGAAACGUCGACAGAUCCACUUGUUAACGCGUCGUCCAUCUCGGAGACCUCUCAGAGUUCAGAGUCGGCACAGACAGGGCAGGGUGGUUCCACAGACGCACUUUUUACUCCUCCGAGCGGCAGAAAAUCCGGCGACUCUGAUCUUAUAAAGAACUCUCAUACAGGGUUGGAUCCGCAUCCUAAUUCCACCGAUUUCCCACAAUACACCACUCCGAACAGCGGUACAGUUUUCCAGGGGGUGGCGGACGGUCCUGAACGACCCUCCAGGAGGCGGAGGAGCUGGAUCUGGAACCAGUUCUUCGUGAUCGAGGAGUACAGCGGGCCGGAGCCGGUUCUGAUCGGACGGCUGCGCUCCAGUCUGGACCGGGGCGAAGGGCAUGUCCUGUACGUCCUGAGCGGAGAGGGGGCGGGCUCAGUGUUCGUGAUCGACGGACAAACCGGAAACAUCCACGUGACCAAGCCUCUGGACCGGGAGGAAAAGGACCAGUACCGGCUUGUCGCCACAGCAACAGACGGACGGACGGGCCACGCCCUCGAGGCCUCCUCGCAGUUCAUCAUCAGAGUGCAGGACAUCAACGACAAUCCUCCGAAGUUCACACACACUCACUACAGCGCCAGCGUGCCCGAGAGAGCCAGUGCUGGAACGUCUGUGAUUCAGGUGACGGCUACAGACGCCGAUGAUCAGAGCUAUGGCAACAGCGCCAAGCUGGUUUACUCCGUGGUUCAGGGGCAGCAGCACUUCACCGUCGACCCGCACACAGGUGUGGUUCGUACCGCCACGUCCGAUAUGGACCGCGAGGUGCAGGCUCAGUACGUGCUGGUGUUGGAAGCGAGAGACAUGGCAGGACAUCAGGGGGGUCUAACAGGUACCACGUCCAUCACCGUCAACCUGAGUGACGUCAACGACAACCCACCACGCUUCACUCAACGUCUGUGGGUGUUCUCAGUAUCAGAGCUGGCCCUCCCCGGGGUCGAGGUGGGUCGCGUCUCCGCCUCUGAUGCUGAUGUUGGAGAGAACGCUGAGCUGGUCUUCACCAUCACGGACGGAGACGGGAGGAAAGUGUUCAACAUCAGUGGCCUGAAGCAGCAGGGGGUGAUUCUACUCAACCAGGUGUUGGACUUUGAGACUCACAGCUCGUACACGCUCUCGGUGGAGGUUCAGAACCCCCGCUUGGACGUGCGCUUCCUCCGCGGCGGGGUGUUUAGGGACGAAGCGGUGGUGAGGAUCACCGUCCUGAAUGCAGACGAGCCGCCGCAGUUCACUCACGCGCGAUACCAUCUGAACAUCAGCGAGAACUGCAGAGCGCCGUGCAGCGUGGGACGGGUUCAUGCCGUCGACCCCGAUACAGGACUCAGCACCAAUGUAGAGUAUUCCAUCGACCCGGCGUCCGAUCCCAGCGCUGCGUUCCGUAUCUCUCCCGUUAGCGGGCUCAUCACCGCCAUGAUCGAGCUGGACCGGGAGCGCGAGCAGUGGCGCAACAUCACCGUCAUCGCGUCUCAGAGAGACAGCCCCGACCAAGUUACCAGGGUUGCAGUUGCCAUAGAGACGCUGGAUGUAAAUGACAACCCGCCUGUGCUGGACAGACAGUACGACACGGCGGUGUGUGACUCCGGCACUGCAGGACAGGUGAUACAGGUGAUCCGGGCUGUAGACAGGGACCAGAUCAGCUCCAGUUCACCUGUACGCUUCAGUCUGCCAUCAAACAGCGGCGUGUCUCUGAACUUCACCAUCCAGGAGAGAGGAGAUCACACGGCCAAUCUGCUUCUCCUGUCCUCCCUGAAGCCCCUCCCUCACGCCACCUACCCCGCCUUCCAAACUGUCAAAAUACCCAUAAUCCUGCAGGAUGGAGAGUCAGCGCUGAGCAGCAUGGGGACCGUGACCGUGACGCUGUGUCCCUGUGAGAAUGGAGGGAUGUGGGUGGAGGACAGGAAGAGGAGGACGGAUGGAGAGGACAUGAUGGAGUGGGAGAGACAAGCUGUGUGUUCUUCUCCUCCAUCAUCAUCCACACUGCUGGGCUUCACCUCAGCCGUCAUGCUGGCAGUGCUGGCAUCAUCCUUCAUCCUCGCUGUAGUGGUGGCGUGGUCUCUGUCCACGAGGAAGAGGAAGCGCGACUCUCUGUCUCCGGUGGAAAACGACGAGAUCAGAGAGAACAUCAUCAGAUAUGACGUGGAGGGCGGAGGAGAGGAAGAUACGGCUGCUUUCGACAUCACCGCUUUAAAAAGCGUACCACACGGCAUACACGCGCGAUGUGUUGGUGCCGCGCCGCUGUACAGUCAGCUCUGCUACAGCAUCCACGCCCUGAACGAGGGUCCGUUCAGCCGCUUCGAGUCCCGCCCGGACCGGGACAGGCUGACACAGACGCUCCCGCGCGGACACACACUGAACCCCAGGCCGUUACGACCCGGUUCUGCGCUCACAAGGACGAAUCAGAACAGAACCAGAGAGGAGUGCGACGGUUCUGCCGAGAGCCAGCCGGGGGACGAGGGCGUCGCCACGAGCCAAAAUCAGGCUUCAUUAAUCCAGAGCGACAGCGGCCGUCCAGCGGAUCCUCCAGCUUCAUCACUCCAUCACCUUCACUCCUCCGUCUCAUCACCUGCUGCUCCUGAGAACAUCACAUCCUCACACGGAGCCACACCCGGAUGCAGCGCGGCUCCGUUCAGAACCAUGGAAGGAACUCUACUACGAGCGGGAGCAGAAAUACUGACCGGAACUACUUUUGUAUAUCCGAAAACAGCACAGGACUGCACUCAGCACCCUGUGGGACUCCACACCAGACCGGAGGUGAAGAACAGGGCCGGCGUGCUGACCCUAACGAUCGACGAGCUGCUGCGGCAGAGGCUGGACUGGGUGACCUUCGACCCCAUGCAGCCUCCGUACGACUCGCUGCGGAUGUACGAGUACGAGGGGGCCGAGUCGGAGGCCACGUCGCUCAGCUCCAUAGAGAGCCAGGACGACGGGGGGAUGGAGGGCGAGGUUUUUAAAGAGUGGGAACCCAAAUUUCAGAAACUGUUGGAGGUCCUCAGAGCUGAUGAGAAGAAUAAAGAGGGAAAAGAAAACAAAGUCAUUAAAGAGGAAGGGGAAGUACAGGGGGAGGAGGGAGGUGGAUCGUAGAGAUGAGGUGGAGAGGGUAAAAAAUUUGAGAAUAUGAAAAUGAAUUAUUUUCAAGGAGAAGACAAGGAACUGGGGUUGAUAGUGUGAGGUGAAAGGAAUGUGAGCCUAAUAAAAUGUAACAAGUUGCUUAGUAAAAUCAAGGAAAAGAAUGGAGGACAUACUGAAAUGAAAGAGUGUGAAUAAAGGGUGAAGAGAAGUGGUAAAAUAAAGAAUUAAAAAUAAUAAAGCAAGUAAAACAAGUUCAAAUAAGGCGAAUGAUAGUAUGAAGACAAAAUUAGAGAAAUUUAGGAGAUAGAAUGGUGAAAAGAG